CGAGGUCGGACCUUUGCAUUACCCACUCGCCUCUUUCUUUUCGUUUGUUUCAUUUUUUUUUCCAACGUAACCGAAAAAGAAAAGAAAAAAUGCCUCGUUUAAGUCGUGUGGCAACAGCUUUAGGCUGUUUAGCGUUUCUUGGCACCCAAGUUUCUGCACAAAACUUGAUGAAUGGUCAGUGCGUUCAAAACUAUGACGCGAACACGGACUAUUUUCCCGAUAAGUUGUCCUCCACCCGAGAGGACGAUGCUCAAUACUUUGAAAUCGAGUACCAUAACAACUACAAGCUCGUCACCGACCACCGUAACGAGAAGCAGUACUACUUGGUUCAAUGCGGUACGCCAGUUCCCACGGGCAUCGCUACUGAUGCGAUUGUGCACCAAAUUCCAGUUACCAGCGUAGGUGCGGUUGAAACCACCGUCGUUCCCUACCUCGAAAUGCUUGGUGUCGCGGAAACGAUCCAUCUUAUCGCCGACUCGUCGAUGGUUACCUCUACUUGUUUCCAACAGUACCGCGAAACUUCCAACAACGUCACUGAGCUCUCGGCUUCCAAUGUGACCUUGGCCGACGAACAAGCUGCUGCUGUUGAAGUUCAAUUUGGCACAAGCUUCUACACUACCGUUGAUGACGAAACUGUCUCUACUGCUGAAGCCUAUGAGCCUGAUUUGCUUGGUGUGGCCGCUUGUUGGCACCCGAAACUCUGCAAUACUUUAAGCAGGAAGAGUUCUUGCAGGCCAUUACCGAUGUCGACGUUAUUAUUGAUGAAACCUAUGUUGCAACCACAAUGGAAGAUGUUUUGGAAGGAUACGGCAUCAGUGCUGAUGACGCCUCGUACAAGUUUAUCGAGAAGCAAAGCAUUUUCCGUGAAGACGGUAUCAUGACCCCAGCAGGUGGUUACGACUGGUUCGCUGCCGCUGUUGCCAUGAGCGAUGCAUUGCUUCAGGACAUGAUUAACGCCGUCAACCCCUCUGCUCCCUCUGAAGACUACGACCGUCUCUGGCUUCGCAACGUUGCAAAGGGCGAGUCGGUCACGGUCACCACGGCUGAUGACUGCAAUUGGGAUGAAACCCAACCACGACCCAAUAUGGGCCCCACCUUUGACGGUGAGCCCUUCACCAUAUC